GCCCCUCGCUCCCUGGGGCAAGCAGAGAAGGCGGAAGUGGGAACGUCCACUGCUGGGUCUCGGUCUCCGGUAGGACGAGGGAACUCGGCGGCGGCGGCGGCGGCUUUACGCUCAAGAGAUUGGCAUCCCUGCCGGCUUGGCUCGGAGCAAGGUGACCGUACUCUCCUGGCGCCUUGGCUGAGCGGGGCCGUGCGGCCGGGUGGAGUCGGCGGCCCAGCAGACCGGAGGGAACAAUUGACAAUCACGUUACUAUGAGUCUGCUACAUUGUGAAAACAGCUGUGGAUCCAGCCAGUCUGAGAGCGACUGCUGUGCUGCCAUGGCUGCCAGCUCCUGUGGUGCUGCAGCGAAAGAUGACGGUGUGAGUGGAACUGCCAGCACAGGGAAUCUCUCCAGCUCUUUUAUGGAAGAGAUCCAGGGAUAUGAUGUGGAGUUUGACCCACCCCUGGAAAGCAAAUAUGAGUGCCCCAUCUGCUUGAUGGCAUUACGGGAAGCAGUGCAGACCCCCUGUGGUCAUAGGUUCUGCAAAGCCUGCAUCAUCAAGUCAAUAAGGGAUGCAGGUCACAAAUGUCCAGUUGACAAUGAAAUACUUCUAGAAAAUCAACUAUUCCCUGACAAUUUUGCAAAACGAGAGAUUCUUUCUCUGACGGUGAAGUGUCCAAAUGUAGGUUGUUUGCACAAGAUGGAACUGAGGCAUCUUGAGGAUCAUCAAGCACAUUGUGAAUUUGCUCUUAUGAAUUGUCCUCAGUGCCAGCGUCCCUUCCAAAAAUGCCAACUUAAUAUUCACAUUCUCAAGGAGUGUCCGAGGAGACAGGUUUCUUGUGUAAACUGUGCUGUAUCUAUGGCAUUUGAAGAUAAAGAGAUUCAUGACCAGAACUGUCCUUUGGCAAAUGUCAUCUGUGAAUACUGCAAUACGGUGCUCAUCAGAGAACAGAUGCCCAAUCAUUAUGACCUGGACUGUCCUACAGCCCCAGUUCCAUGCACAUUCAGUACUUUUGGCUGCCAUGAGAAGAUGCAGAGGAAUCACUUGGCACGCCACCUGCAAGAGAAUACCCAGUCGCACAUGAGAAUGAUGGCCCAGGCUCUUCAGGGUUUAAGCCUCGCAGUAGCUCCUGUACCUCAGCGUGAUAUGCUUCCCUAUGAUUCUUCCCCUUUGUCUCGGAUUUCCUCUGGCUGUUGCUCAGACCAGAAUUUCCAGGAAACCAUUCAGCAGUUAGAAGGUCGCCUUGUAAGACAGGACCAUCAAAUCCGGGAGCUAACUGCGAAAAUGGAAACUCAGAGCAUGUACGUAAGUGAGCUCAAACGAACUAUUCGAAGCCUUGAGGACAAAGUUGCAGAAAUAGAGGCACAGCAGUGCAAUGGGAUUUACAUCUGGAAGAUUGGCAACUUUGGGAUGCACUUGAAAUCUCAAGAGGAGGAGAAACCUGUUGUCAUUCACAGUCCUGGAUUCUACACAGGCAAACCUGGCUACAAACUGUGCAUGCGUCUACACCUGCAGCUGCCCACGGCGCAGCGCUGUGCCAACUACAUAUCCCUCUUUGUCCACACCAUGCAAGGAGAGUAUGACAGCCACCUCCCUUGGCCCUUCCAGGGAACGAUACGCCUUACAAUCCUCGACCAGUCUGAAGCGCCUAUCAGGCAAAACCAUGAAGAGAUAAUGGAUGCCAAACCAGAGCUGCUUGCCUUCCAGAGACCCACAAUUCCACGGAACCCCAAAGGUUUUGGCUAUGUGACUUUUAUGCAUCUGGACGCCCUAAGACAGAGAACCUUCAUCAAGGAUGACACUCUAUUAGUACGCUGUGAGGUCUCCACCCGCUUCGACAUGGGUAGUCUUCGGAGGGAGGGUUUUCAGCCACGAAGUACGGACUCGGGGACAUAGCAUCCCCGCCUUGUUUUAAAAAAAAAAAAAAACUUAUCUGGGAGUUCCUGUUGUGGCUCGGUGGUAGCAAACCCAACUAGU